AUGGCUAUCACAGGCUUUAAUGAAUCCGAUCGCGUGCAGGACUGGUCAUCUCUUCCACCCUCGUCCCCACCCCAGCACUCGCCCCUGAGCACUCCAACGUCGACUGGGUCGCGUCAACUCGGAGAGCAUGAUGAAGACAUCAAUCUGGAUGACGCUCCAUACAGGAUCUCUCCCACACCUGGUCCCUCUCGCGUACACCAUGCAUCGCAGCCAAUCCCCGAGAUCUGCGAGACUAUGCCGCCGGCUACAGUCAAUGCUCCCCGCACUCCGAGCCCAUCCAGAUCUGCCGGUACACAUACGUCGACAUUCGUACCCUCACGAUUCGAGGGUAGGAAGAUCAUCGAGGCGGAUAGCGAUGACAGUGGGGUUUUCGAGCCGUCUUCGCCUGUACGCACAAAGGAGGACCGUAAACGAAAAGGCAUAAAGCGGCGGCAGGCUACGAUGGAGAAGAACAAGCUGGAACGCGAGGCAAGACAGGCGCGCGAGCAAGUGGAAGCCGAGAUAGCUGCGAAGGCCGUUGCACGGGCGGAGAUGGAUCGCAAGCGAGAGGUUGCGAAGUCGGUGAUGGACACGAUGAAUGCGGGUAGACUGACACUUGCUGAGCUUCUACUCCUCUUGUUCGACCCAGGCGAAGAGGGUGUGACGGAGCGAGGAUGGCGCUGGUUCAACUUCUUUCAAGAUACGAAAGCCGUCCAUAGAAUACUGGAGUUUAUGGUCGGGAAGAAGAACUCGCGGUCCGCCCGCCACACGGCGGAGAGGGGCAUGUUGAAGGUCGUCUCACGCACUGUCGGCCUCGAGGCUGACAAGAUCACACGCGCAGGCGUACUACGCCCACCGUCAUACGAGACGGUUGAUGAGGAUUUCGUCCUCGGACUGAAGUUUACGGAGCUUGAGGACACCAUACAAUUACAUUGUCCAAAUCUUUCGGAGCUGCUGCAGGGAGUCGUACGGACGGCCCGACAAGCGAAGGAAUGCACGGCGAAGAAGCUAUCUCAAAAGCGCUUUUUGGCGGCAUGGUUCGCUGCGGGACUCCUCGGCGAACGCAGCCAAAGGAACUCCUACUUACAGCACGUCAUGGGGCUAUACCUGGUUAGCUCUGGGGCUAGCCGCCAGGUUCAUGCCGUUCUCAACCAUCUGGGCGUGAGCGUCAGCUAUACGACACUCAUAGGUGGAGGGACGUCGAAGAAGAAGGUCACCAUUACAGCGGAUGAGUCUUCUGCGCCCGCGAACCCCACUGCGUUGGCCGCAGAACCCGCACCAACCGCAAAUGCCGGUGAUACACCUUCCUCCCAUAGCAUCGACACGCACGCGACCGAGCCCGAGCCUGAGCCCGAGCCGAGGGCUUCUGGUAUUGAUGUAGUAAAUCGCGGCGAUGCGGGUCAUGGACAAGUUACGGCCGAUGUUGUGUUGAACGGAAUGAACACGGGUACUUCAACCGAUACAACAACCCAGGGUUCGGUGCCAGACGAAGCACUGAAAGCGCCAGCAGACGCAGACGCUGCGAAUACGUCAGUAAGCUCUAACAAAGCGCCAGAAAAGCGCACACGACGUACUGGAACUCUAGACAAGUUCUCAACAUCAAUGCGCCGUCUUGCUCGCAUCGUCGCGCUGCUGCCGUCGUUCGUUGUCUAUGACAACAUCAAUUGGAAUCUCAAGAUAGCGGAGCAGAUAUUGCUACGAACCGACUCGAUGCAGAACGGUACCUGUGCAACGCUUAUCAAGCUCUUCGAGGCCGACUGGGAUAACUUGAGUACAGAGGAGAUGGAGAACGUCUUUGACAACGCACCUCCCCUCGAUCUAACAGACAUCGAGCUCACGCCCGACGAGACCCGUCUACAACGCGCGACCUUCAUUCACGUCGUCCUGAGAGCCGCAGUGCGCUAUGGUGGCGAAGCCUUCGAAAAAUUUCGUCAACAGGUGGCAGAUAGUCUCCCUGAAACCGAGUUGAAGAUACCUGUGCAUAAGACGGAGUUCUACCCGCUGCCGGCCUUCGAGAUCGAUGAGUCGUCCAAGGCGGGUAAUGCCACCUUCGUCGACGCGGCAACAGAAGAGCUUGAGAUCAUCGACUUCCUCAAAGCGCGUGGCCUCGCCGGUGAUCAGCUCUCGAUAGCGCGCUUGAGAGAGGUCGCCGAGGCGCGAGCAGGCAAUGAGGGCGGGAAGGACGCGCUACGAUGGGUGUACUUCAUCCCCGGCAUCUUCCACUACAAAUUGGCUGGCACUACUGGAAUACUCCUCGAUCACCUCGGCCCCAGCGGCCAUGACCUAACAAAUCCUGCAUCUCUCACCGCCCACAAUGCUGUCCUUACGCGCAAGCCUAUCGUCUCAACUUCCCUGCCGACAUUCCGCACUUGCCGCGACUUAAUCCUCGUCUCUCUGACUGCACGUCUUCUUCACUGUCUACUCUUGGUCUCCGGCAAAGAUACUCUCGAUGACUACGCUACAUCGGCUACAUGGGACUCGUUUCAGGCCGAUGCUGCGGCCGUGGUGGACCGGUUUGCCAACCCGCGCGUGGUACACAACCUCCGUCGGGAACGCACGCGUAACGGCGAGAAACACGGCGACAUGGUCUUCGAAAAUGCGGUCUUGUUCAACCGUGAUGCUUUGCUCCUACGCGAGUUCAUCGACGCGAUCAAGGCAGGCGACUCGGGGCGUAUCAUCAUCGUACUCAAGGUCUGGGCGUUUACGUUCCGCGCGCAAGGCCGCGUCAAGUACGCGCUCGAAGUCCUGUAUCUCAUACACAACUUGACUCAUGUCUGGCCUCAGGGCUUACGGGAUAUCGUUCUGAAGAACUGGCUAGUCAACACGACAGGGAAUCCGUUCGGUUUUCUCGAGGUCGACCUCCUCCAAGAGCAUAUGAACUUCUGGAUCAAGACCUACUUCCAGGCGCAUGGCAGUAACGCGUCAUGGGAGUGGCUCAAGACGAUUGCGCCGUGUGUGCGCGUCCUACGCAAAUUGUCGACUGAUAUCAACUCCGCUCUUGGUUCGAAGCAGGGCACUCGUCACGCAGAGCCCGACCUUUCGGACGAUAUCCAAGAACUUAUGGACAGCCUGCAGCAUCAUAGUGUCUAUACAGUCAAGCCUGGUCGUCACUUCGACGCCGAUGACGAUAGUUUGGUCGCGGAUGCCGUUGCGCGCGGCCACGCUAUGCUCACGACCGGCCCGACCUCACCCCUCAAUGCUUUCAACGAACGCUUUCGAAGCCUUCAGCAUCAGUAUCGUGUCCCGCCGGUCGUAGGGCGUGCACGCGCGGGCUCGGACUCUGGCGGCUCGUCUGGAUCUUCCGACGAUUCUGACGCCGAGCAACCUAUCCCCCACCCGACCUCACAGACAGAGCAACCGCUGCCACCGAACCAGAUGCCCCUCGCCAAUCCACAGCCAGCCCCGGGUGCUUCAGCAGGCGAUGACGAUGACGACGACUCGUCUGUCGGUGAAGAGGACGAAGGCGCAGAUCUCUUCGCACCACUCGGCGAAGAUGAUGUCGAUCUUGAGCAGGAUGCAGACAGUUUUAUGCUUGGCGAGGAUGCUGGUGACGUGGGGGAGCACGAUUGGGAUGCAGAGUACAACCCUGAUAGUGAUAUUGAGCGCGAUGUACCUAGUGAAGAUGAGGCCGACAUCGAAGGAGAUGACGUGUUUUCUUAG